AUGCCAUUGCGCCUUGAUGUCAAGCGCAAACUAUCAGUUCGAUCAGAUCGUGUCAAAUCUGUCGAUAUCCAUCCAACUGAACCAUGGAUGUUGGUGACAUUAUUCAAUGGCCAUGCAUAUAUUUAUAACCAUGAAACUCAACAAUCAAUAAAAAGCUUUGAAGUAUGCGAUGUUCCAGUUCGUGCUGGUAAAUUCGUUGUCCGAAAGAAUUGGGUGAUCACUGCAUCGGAUGACAUGACUGUUCGUGUUUACAAUUACAAUACUCUCGAACGUUUACAUCAAUUUGAAGCACACAGUGAUUAUAUACGGUCAAUUGCUGUUCAUCCAACACAAUCAUAUAUACUGACUAGUAGUGAUGACAUGACAAUUAAAUUAUGGGAUUGGGAUGCGAAAUGGGCAUUGAAGCAAACGUUUGAAGGACAUAUUCAUUAUGUCAUGCAAGUUGUAUUCAAUCCAAAAGAUAACAAUACAUUUGCCUCAGCAUCACUUGAUCGAACUGUGAAAGUAUGGCAACUCGGAUCCACUCAUCCAAAUUUUACACUUGAAGGUCAUGAGAAGGGUGUGAAUUGCGUAGAUUAUUAUUCCGGUGGAGACAAACCAUAUCUCGCAUCCGGUGGUGAUGAUCGCUUGAUAAAAAUUUGGGAUUAUCAAAACAAAACAUGUGUACAAACACUAGAGGGACAUUCUCAAAAUGUUGGCUGUGUGGCAUUUCAUCCUGAAUUACCGAUUAUAUUAAGUGGAUCAGAAGAUGGUACAGUGAAAUUAUGGCAUUCGAAUACAUACCGUCUAGAAUCAACACUUAAUUACGGUCUGGAGAGGUGCUGGGCGAUUGCAUGUUUGAAAGGAUCGAAUAAUGUUGCACUUGGUUACGAUGAAGGAUCGAUGAUGAUUAAAUUGGGUCGAGAAGAACCAGCCAUGUCGAUGGAUGCGUCAACGGGUAAAAUCGUUUGGGCCAAACAUUGUGAAAUUCAACAAGUUAACUUAAAACAAUUGAGUAGUGAUCAACAAUUGAAAGACGGGGAAAAGGUUCCGUUAAAUGUCAAAGAAUUAGGCAGCUGUGAAAUCUAUCCACAAACAUUAUGUCACUCACCCAAUGGAAGAUUUGUCGUUGUUUGUGGGGAUGGAGAAUAUAUUAUUUAUACAGCAAUUACUUUGCGUAAUAAGAGUUAUGGAAGUGCAAUGGAGUUUGUUUGGUCGCAAGAUUCGUCCGAAUACGCUGUACGCGAUGGAAAUAUGGUAAAAGUUUUCAAGAAUUUCAAAGAAAAGAAAACUUUCAAGCCAGCAGCCGGAGCUGAAGGUAUAUUCGGUGGUAAUUUGUUGGGUGUUCGAUCGUACUCAGGUUUAACAUUCUACGAUUGGGAAACGUUAAAUUUAGUUCGUCGUAUUGAAAUUGUGCCAAAAACCAUCACUUGGAGCCAAAACGGUGAAUUAGUGUGUAUCGCAACAGAAGAGUCCUACUACAUUCUCCGUUACAGUACUCAAGCAGUGACGGUUGCACAAGCUAACAAAGAUCUCGUGACUGAAGAAGGCAUUGAAGAUGCAUUUGAUGCUUUGAGUGAAAUUCCAGAAGUUGUUAAGACUGGUGUUUGGGUGGGUGAUUGUUUUAUCUACACAAAUUCUCUCAAUCGAAUUAACUACUACGUUGGCGGUGAAAUUGUCACCGUUUCGCAUUUGGACAGAGUCAUGUACCUAUUGGGUUAUGUUUCAAAUGAAAAUCGACUGUAUUUGGGUGAUAAGGAAAUGUCCAUUGUUUCGUUUGAAUUGUCACUAUCUGUAUUGGAAUAUCAAACAGCUGUGAUGCGGAAAGAUUUCGAAACAGCUGAUCAAGUACUUCCGACGAUUCCAAAAGAACAAAGAACACGCGUUGCUCAUUUUCUUGAAAAACAGGGUUAUCGUCAACAAGCUCUCGCUGUAACUUUAGACACUGAACAUAAAUUUGAUUUAGCCUUGCAAAUAGGAAAUUUACAAGUAUGUUAUGAUCUCGCUGUCGAAUUAGAAAAUGAGCAGAAAUGGGUACAAUUAUCUGAAGCUGCCACGAAACAAGGUGAAAUGAAACUAGUUCAAGAAUGUUUAACACGUGCACAGUCAUAUGGUUCAUUAAUUCUUCUGGCAAGUGCUUCGAGUGAUAAACAACUAAUGGAGACCAUCGGAGAUAAAUCACGUCAAAGUGGACAAUUCAAUAUAGCUUUCCUCUCGAAAUUCGUCCUGGGCAAACUAGAUGAUUGUUUGGAUAUUCUCAUUGAAAACCAACGUUUGCCUGAGGCAGCAUUCUUCGCUCGAACAUAUCUUCCAUCGCAAAUCAAUCGUGUUGUAGGAUUAUGGCGAGAAAAAUUGAAACAAAUGAACAUGGAACGAGCAGCAAAUUCUUUAGCGAAUCCAACAGAUUAUGAAAAUCUCUUUCCGGGCCUGGUUGAUACAUACAAAACAGAACAAUUUUUACAGCAACAAGAGCAGCAUGUACCAGCUAGCAGCUACGCAUCGAUGACAUCGAAUUGGGAAAGGAAUCCAAUAGAUGAAAUGAAAACAGCUGAGGAGAAUGGUCAGUUUUCAUUCGAUCCAACACAAUUUAUUAAAACACCAGCCGAAGGUAAUGAUGACGACGAAGAAAAAUUUGACGAUGCCAAUGAAAUACCAGUUCCAGUAGCUAAUAAGCCAACAAUAAAUUCGUCUGUAUCAAAUAACCUCAAUCCUUCACAUGACUCUGAUCGAUCUCGUUCACAUUCUCCGAAAAACAACUCAUAUCCUCCAAUAAAUAAAUCCACUCUUGCUUCCCCUGUCAGUCGAGAAACUUCCGUGACAUCAAAAGCGUCAAGUAUUACAUCAACAGCAGCCACAGCUGGCACCGGCCGUCGAACAUCUCUCACAGAUCUCGAAAAAGAAUUAGCCGAAUAUGAUAUCGAUGAUUUUAUCAGUUUGAUCAUCACAAAAAUCUCCACGAUGGGUUGCCGACAAUCAUCAACAUUGAGUCCAAUGGAUCGUAUGACGUAUGAAUAUAUUUUAACACGAAUUCCCGAACAUUGUCAACGUGAGAUCAGGAAGAUUCCUGUACAACAAUUUCUGACCAUUUAUGGCAAACACAUGAAUGCUGAAACUCAUCUCGACCAAAAGGAAUACCUCUCAGCGAUAACAAACGAAUCUGAAGCUAUUCAUGACUUAGAACUUCUACUAAAUCAUCAGAAAGAUCAUUUUAUUUUCGCAGACAUGUACAAAUUAUUAUCGAUUUGUUAUUGGUCGACGGAAAAUAUUGAGCUUGCUUUUGAAAGAAGUCUAUUAGCGUUAAAUAUUCGACUUAAACACACACCAAUGGAUUUCACCGAGAUUAGCUUGCAUUAUUUUCGUUUAAGUCUCAUCUGUAUAGUUAAAGGUAUAUGGAAAGAAGCGGAAGAAUGUCUGAUCAAGGCGAUGAAUGCGGCCCAGUCGAGUAAUGCUUUAUCGCAAUCUUACAUUCAAGAACUUGAAGAUAGUCUUUCAUCUCUCAGACAGCGAAUGGAGAAUAACUCACGACAAAAGCCAUUAGUUUAUUCAUUUAUAUCUGAUGUUCAUGAAAGUCAAGAAGAUUAUUUGCGUCGUAAAACACUUGAAGAAUUGAUAGCCAGAUACACUGAUGUUAGUGCGUUACAAAUCGAUAGACAAGAAUAUGACCGACUGCCAAUCAAACAAACUGAAACACAGAUUGGCAAGGAGGCAAUUCAAGAUGUACUGCAACAUUUAGAAAAGUUCCUUGAAGAAGAUUUGUUUUUACUCAAAUUUGGCACCAAAGGAGGAUGUAUUAGUUUUAUCGCUGCCUAUUUUAAAGCAACACAGAUGAAGACAAGUUCAUUAUCAGCAGCAGUAAUCGAAGCUGCAUUAACAAUAAUCAUCGACCGAGUCAACGACGAUAGAUCUACGGACGAAGAAAUGUAUUCGACUAUACGACAAUCAUCAUACGCUCUUUCAUAUACAGAUGAUGAUGAAUCUCGUAGCCCAGGCGUGCGUGUGUUUCAGGUGAAAGGAAAGGCAUUGCUGAAUAUAGAUGAUAUGUUAUAA